UGUCGAUUGCCAUUAGAUACUCAGAUAGACUGUAGAAUAUAGUAGAAUAAUAAAACAACUCAAUUUGAGGUUAUGACUUUGUUCUUUCUCUUAUUUUAUUAAUAAUUUAUUUUUGUAUUGAAAUUGUUUAACAUUAAAAGAAAUUUUAUUCGUGAAAAAUGUCGUCGUGGAAAAAAGCAGCAAAAUCCACACAAAAAACUCACAGAGAACGUCAUCAACCUGAAUCUCGACAACACUUGGGUCUACUAGAGAAGAAAAAAGAUUAUACAGCCAGAGCAAAGGAUUAUAAUGAAAAGCAGGCUACUUUGAAAUUAUUGAGGAAAAGAGCUCUAAACAAGAAUCCAGAUGAAUUUUAUUUUCAUAUGAUCAAUUCUAAAACUGUAAAAGGUAUUCAUCGUGAAAUUGAAAAGGAUGAAAAUUACACAGAGGACCAAAUAAAACUUAUGGAAACACAAGACAUAAAAUACAUUGCUUAUAAAAGAAAUAUUGAAACUAAGAAAGUUGAAAAGUUACAUAGUAAUUUACAUAUGAUUGAUGCAGCAAAUGAAGUAAAAAAUCAACAUAUAUUUUUUGUAGACGAUGAUGAAGAUGCGAAAAAUUUUGACCUAGCAGCAAAAUUAAAUACACAUCCAGCUUUAUUGAAUAGACGAACAAAUAGGCCUAAGUUAGAUGCUUUAAAGAAAAUGAAAUUACCUAAAUUUGAUGAAGCAACGUUGAAGAAAAUUGAGCAGCAAAAACAUAUGGCUUACAAAGAGUUGAGUAAGCGAGUUGAUCGUGAAAAAGAACUAACUGUAGUGCAACAGGUGUUAGAAGUAAAAAAAGCAUUGAAAAAUAAAAAAGUGACAAAGCCAACUAGAGUGAAACCUGGUUCAAAAGACUGUGCACCUAUUUAUAAAUGGAAGUAUGAGAGAAAGCGAUAAUGAAAGAAUGUAGGUAAUGAAAAAAUUAUUUGUACAUUAAUUUUAUUAUAAAACUUACUUUUAUAAAUACAAAACUAUAUUGUAAAAUUUGACCAUAUUAUUACUCUCAAUCAUAUUUUAUAAAAAUUAUAUUUUAAUCAAUUCAUUUAUCUAAUAAAAUGCUACAUUUUAUAAAAUAUGUUUAA